UUAAUUGUACUUCAAACAGUAUUACUACCUACUAUCCACGUCGCAAACUAUUAUUUCUGUAACUACAGCAUAAGCAUAUUCCCAAAUCGGCAUUGACGAUGCAGUGGCACUUAUUUCCCUUAUGCCUCGCAUUAGUCCUCCGAUCAGCGUACUCUAAUUCUCUCAGCGGUACGGUGGAAUUAAACGAAUACACUUUUGAUAAGAUCCUCAAAAAGUUUGAUGCUACGCUGGUGAAGUUUGAUGUGGCUUUCCCCUAUGGGGACAAGCACGAUGCAUACACCGCACUGGCCAAGGACGCGAAAGAGGAAGACGAUUUGCUGAUCGCCGAAGUGGGAGUGAAAGAUUACGGAGACAAGGACAACGAAGCGUUGGCGAAGAAGUACGGUGCUACGAAAGACAAUUUCCCGGUAGUGAAGCUAUUUUUAAAGGGGAAGAAGGAGCCAGUCACUUUCAACUCGGAGAAAGAGUUUACCAGCGACGAGCUUCGUCGUUUCGUGCGGGAACACACCGGGGUACACCUGAGCCUGCCAGGAUGCGUGCGGAGCCUUGAUAAGCUGGCCGUCAAGUUUAUGAAGGCUGACAAUGAAGACAGGAAGAAGAUUCUUAAAGAUGGAGAAGAUACCUUCAAAAAAUUACCUAGCAAACAAGCUAACUCUGGAAAGAUCUACAAGACAAUCAUGGAGAAGAUCAUCGAAAAAGGCGAUGGGUUUGUCAAGACAGAACAUGAGAGAGUCACCAAACUUCUCAGCGGCAAGCUCUCCGAGGAGAAAAAGAAGGAAAUGGGACAGAGAAUCAACAUUCUACAGACAUUCCAGUUGCAUGACACCAAAGGAGAAAAAGAAGAGCUGUGAUUUUAAUAAUAUUUAAAUUACACUUAAAUUUCUACUAUUGUUCCCUCUUUGUAUAAAUGAGAUUGGAGUAACAAGAGCAAUCUAGUAUUAAUUUUUACAGGGUGUCAUUUUAAAUGAUUUUAUGUGUGUUUUGCACUACUGAGACAUUCCAAAUUCAAAGUAAUAUAUUGCACUACAUUUAUAUAUUGUCAAACAAGUCUGUCAGUAAAUAAGAACAAAGAAAACUAUAUGCAUCCUUUUCUUUAGGGUGCUAUAGAAAAGGAUACCUAUAGUUUUCUUUGUUCUUAUUUACUGACAGACUUGUUUGACAGAGUAUAAUUUUAUAUCCUAUUAAAUAAGCAACUUGAAUGGCAAUAUUUAGACUCAUUUAGUGAGUGAACUCGCACUAUGUAAAUGGGCCCUUAAAAUUCGUAAAUGGUGACACAAGUGAUUUGGUUGUGCUAGUACAGUGGGUGAAUGUUUCAAAAUGGGCCAGUGGCAAGUUGGCAACUAGCAUAAGAUAGAUUAAAGGUAAUAUAGGAACAAACUUGCAUUUAAAAUUAUGACUGAUUGGCCCUAUCUAACCUAAUUAACAUACACCAAAGUCAGAUUUAAUCAAAUUCGGAAGUUUUACCUAAUUGAGUUAUUUAUUUUCGUACUACUUUACUGUUAUACAAUAGGUAUGUUUCUGUAAUCUGGCUUAACUAAUUCUACAUAUCAAAUCCAACCAUUUAAAUCUGUAAUCUAGCAUUUUGUGUCAUUUUUCAUCAGAGUCUGAGUUGGUAGUUAGAAUUCUGAGCGCUUCUGUAUUAUAACAUUAUGUUAUUGCUUAGAAAAGGCCUAAAACCGCACUAACACAACAUUAGAGCCAAAUAGUAAGCUUCAUUUGUGAUCUGAUGUAAUGAUGUUUCACGAUUAAAAGUAGAGUCAAUCCAAGAUAAGUUAGCAUUCUUAGGCACUGGUCCCACCGCAAGCAAAUAAGCUAUGAGCUAUCGGCUACAAAAACGAACAAAAGAUAAUCACUCCCGUGUGAACAAAAGAGACACGGCGAUGUUUAUAGUUACUCGCCCAGCGGUGAGCUAUCAAAAUCGCCGUGUCUCUUUUAUUUGAACGGGGGUGCUUAUCUUUUGUACGUUUUUAUAGCCGAUAACUCAUUCCCUUACUAACUCGCAACUCGCGGUGGGACUAGUGCCUUAGCAACGAUUUUGAUAGUCCCGCAUGUCAUCAAAAGUUUGAUGUUUAAAGUAACAUUUGAUGCACGACGAGUCUGUCUAAAUCGUAGCCAACCUAUCUGAGUCAGACUAUAUGCAGAGCAUAAAACAUAAAAGCUAGUUUGAGAUGCAGUGCACACGACGUAAGCCAUACAUUACUUAUGGAACAUUAGCUAUUGAAUUCAUGUCUCACAUGAUUUUACCAGACUAGGUAUAAGCAUUGGACAUUUACACGUGUUUUGUAACGUGGAAAUUAUUGCCUCGUUUUUACGGUUCGCCGCUCGUAAAACUGGCUAUUGUUAUUAUCCAGUCGAGUUUCGCAAUAUUGCUCGACAUUGUACUUAUUUGUGUACUUGUUUAUGCAUUUUGCACAACGUGUGAUGAAUGUAUGAAAUACAUUAGUGUGUAAUAUUU